UUGAUAUAACAGUUGAUUUAAUAGUUAAUUUAAUAGUUGAUAUAAUGGUUGAUAUAAUGGCUGAUAUAACAAUUGAUAUAACAGUUGAUCUAACGGUUAAUAUAAUAGUUGAUUUAAUAUUAUUAAUGGUUGAUAUAACAGUUAAUAUAAUAGUUAAUCUAAUAAUUGAUAUAACAGUUGAUCUAAUGGUUAAUAUAAUAGUUGAUCUAAGUAACAGUUGA